AUGGGCAGCGAGAGCGAGGCGGCGGCGCAGCUCCCCAGGAUCGACUUCUCCGGCGUGGACCCGUCGGCGCCGGGGACCAGGCGCUGGGCGGAGGUGCGCGCCCAGGUGAUGGACGCUCUCACCACCCACGGCUGGUUCGACGCGCACUACCCGCAGCUCACGCCGGAGCUCCGCGCCAGCCUCUUCGACGACGCCGUCCGGCCGCUCUUCUCGCUCCCCGUCGACACCAAGCGCCGGAACUACUACGGCCCCGAGAAGCCGUUCCACGGCUACCUCGGCGGCCUCCCGGGCCUCGACGCCUACGAGAGCCUCGCCAUCGUGGACGGCCUCAAGCCCGAGAACGUCCGCGCCUUCGCCGACGUCAUCUGGCCCGGCGGCAACGACGGCUUCUGUGAGAUCGUCCAUGGCGCGGCGAAGCGCAUCGCGGAUCUGGAGGAGAUGGUGCGGCGAAUGAUCCUGGAAGGGCUCGGGGUGGCGAAGCACCACGGGGCACAGAGCGAGUCCAUGUGGCACCUGUUCCGGAUGUCCGAGUACAAGGCUCCCAAUUCUGACGAGAAGGUCACCGGGUACGUCGCCCAUCAGAACACCAACUGGCUUAGCAUCGUGUGCCAGAACGAGGUGAAUGGGAAUGAGAUGCAGACCAGGGAUGACGAGUGGGUCCUCGUCAAGCCGUCGCCGACCUCGCUCAUCGUCAAUGUUGGCAAUGCCCUCCGGGCAUGGACAAACGACCGUCUGUACGCGCCAUUUCACCGGAUAAUGGUGAGUGGGGAUGCCACGAGGUACACCGCCAUUCUCUUCUCCGUCGCCAAUUUCAUGAUCCAACCAGCUGACGAGCUCGUCGACGAGUGCCACCCUCCGCGUUUCAAGCCUCAUGACAACAACGACUUCAUUCGCUUCUGUGUUUCUGAAGAAGGAGCUCGCCACGAGGAUAAACUGAAGGCGUUCUGUGGCAUAUAG